AGUGUGGUGAGAGGAGGUUGUACUGGUCGAGUCUUACACCAUCUUGAGGGAAGCUUGUGUUAAUGAGGAGGAAAAUUUUGUGAUUAUCAGUGUAAAGAAGUGAAAAAAUUUUAAAACGGUAAAAUGAAGAAUAAAUAUGUGGUGUUAUUUCUCUUGUUAUGGUGUGUCGUUGGUCAGGCAUUUGACAGGGCGGCGGAGGCAGAAGCUCGGAGACUACUUGGGGUGUACCAGAAGGACUCAGAGAAGCUGUAUAAUAAUGGUUCACUGAAAGCCUGGGCCUACAACACUAAUAUUACCGACCACAACAGAGAGGUCAUGGAGGAGGCGUCACUCAUCACUCGACAGUUCCAGGAGCGAUGGUACAACAAGGUCAAGACCUACCUGAAGGCUGACCUCGCCCCCAGUACCUCUAGGCUCAUGAAGAUGGCGUUCACCGCUCAGCUGGAUGAAGACGAUUCCAAGAACCUCACCAGCAUCCUCUCCACAAUGUCAACCAUCUACUCCACUGGCACUGUCUGUCUCACUCCAGAGAACUGCCUGACCCUAGACCCAGGAUUGACGAAGAUAAUGGCCGAAUCCAGAGACUUUGACCAACUGUCCUUUAUCUGGGAGAGGUGGCGGACCAACGUAGCCAGAAAGCAGCUGAGGCCCCACUACCUACAGUACAUUGAGCUGGUCAACAAGAAGGCGAGGCUGAACGGCUACAGCGACUACGGCCACGAGCUAAGAAUGAAGUACGAGACGGAGACGUUCGAGGAGGACAUAUUAAGGCUCUACAAGGAACUUGACCCACUCUACCGCCUCAUGCACGCCUACGUCAGGAAGAAACUGCGUCAGGUGUACCCCCAGAUAGAGGCGAGAGGACGUCUGCCAGCCUGCGUUUUAGGGGACAUGUGGGGCAGAUUCUGGACCAACGUCUACUCCCAGGUGGCGCCGUUCCCGGAUCAGCCAGACAUUGAUGUAACAGACGCGUUGAUAGAGCAGAACUACACCGUGGAACAGAUGUUUAGGAUGGGGGACGAGUUCUUUACCUCCAUGGGCCUUGAGCCACUGAAAGACACCUUCUGGAAUAGGUCCAUGUUGAAGCGCCCUGAGGAUGGUCGUGACGUCGUGUGCCAUCCUACCGCCUGGGAUUUCUACGACGGAAAGGACUUCAGGAUCAAGAUGUGUACAGAGGUCAACUUUGAGAACCUCGGCACAAUCCACCACGAGCUGGGUCACAUACAGUACUUCAUGCAGUACUCUCACCUGCCCCUCACCUACAGGGACGGCGCUAACGACGGGUUCCACGAGGCCAUCGGUGAACUGAUGUCCAUGUCCAUGUCGACGCCACAACACCUGGAGAAGAUGAACCUUCUACAGGAGGUUCCUGAGAGCUUGGAGAUCAGCAUUAACUUCUUGGUGAGGACGGCAUUACAGUCAGUCACCACGCUUCCUUUCCACCUGGUGAACGACCUGUGGCGGUGGCGAGCCUUCAGGGGGCAGUACCACCUUCAGGAGUACAACACCCGCUACUGGCAACUGAAAGAGCAGUACCUGGGUGUCGAGGCUCCGGUGGCCAGGUCUCCGGAGGACCUUGACCCACCGGCCAUCUUCCACAUCGCCAACAACUACGACAUGAUCCGCUACUUCACCAGGACCAUACUGCAGUUCCAGUUCCUGGAGAAGCUGUGUGAGGCGGCGGGUCACGAGGGGCCUCUACACACCUGCGACUUCUACGGGUCAAAGGAAGCAGGAGACCUGCUAGCGAAGAUGCUAUCGCUGGGGUCGUCAGUACCGUGGCAGGACGCCCUGGAGGUGAUGACGGGGGAGAGACGCAUGAGUUCCCGUGCCCUCCUUCACUACUUCGCCCCCCUGCAGGAGUGGCUGACGGAGGACAACCUUAGAGAUCGAGACGGUAUCGGCUGGGGAGACUCUUGGAGAUUCUUAAAUGGUACAGAGGAGGAGGAACAGGAACAGGAGCAGGAACAGGAACAGGAACAGGAGUCAUCGGCAAGGAGGUGGUCAGACAGUGGUGUUGUGCUGGCUCUGUGUGUAAUUCUGGCCAGGUGGUUGUAGAUCUCUCUCUCUCUCUCUCUCUCUCUCUCUCUCUCUUAUUCAUAUCAAUCUUAACAGUAUCAGUACACACACGUAUCUUUUUUCACUGUGUCCUGGGUUCGAGUGUUGGCCCUACCACACAUGGGGGCAAGUUUCCUUCGGCUAUUCCUGUUUCCUCUUGUACUAACACUGGACGAUAGAGAACAGAUCAACCACCCAAACAGCUAGUAAACUGAUCAGUAGUGAAACGAUAAAAAAAUUAAUCAGUUUUAUUUAUAACAACAACUAUUACAAUUGUUAUAUUUGAUCUUUCAUUUAUUACCACUAUUAUAAUUACUAUUGCUAUUAUUCAAGUGGAACUACUGCUUCUGUUGAUACUAUUUUAACCACAACUACUGCUAUUACUACAGCUAUUGCUACUACUAUUACCACAACUACUACUAUUUCUAUUACUAUAACUUUUGCUAUUACUAUAUAUUACUAUAGCUAUUGCUACCAAAAGCUACUACUACUACGUCAUCUACUAAAGUUACCACAACAACAACCACCACCACCACCAAUAGGACAGGGCAAAACUGCAUCAAUCUCAACUUAAAGAAGAUAGAAAACGUGAACCCGGGCCAUUUCCUGUGAUGUCCCGCACCACGACGGGACAUAACUACAAGCUCGCCAAGUUAUCAUGCACAACGAACCUAAGGAAAUACUUCUUCACACAGAGGCUGGUAGACCUAUGGAACUGUCUCCCAGCUGUGGAAUCGAGAACAGUACUGGACUUCAAAUUAGCCCUUGACAAGACUUAUCAGGAACAAUGGAGGGAUCUGAUACUUGUCACUGGCUUCCUUCCCUUGGCAUGGCUACCCCUAGUGGGUGGCCAUUGUGUAAAACAUAAAACUGGUUUAGUUACUAAACCAGUUUUAUGUUUUGGUACAGUAAAAUAUUCCCAGUCGCGCGAUCUUCAUUACUCAUUAAUUAUAUUUAGCGCCGUUACCACUUGAAACUUUGUUGUACACACCUGCUACACGCUGAAGUACGAGACAUUUUUCUAGCAAAUUUAUGUAGGACUCAAAGGUUAUUUUUUUAAUCUAGAACCCCGAGAUGAAAUUAUUAAGCAUCGUAAUGUGAUUGUGGAAUGUGUGUUUCAAUGUCGCGCCCAUUGGUUGAUCUCAGCAGUCUACAGUGACUAGAGUGAGGCUUUGGUGAAUUCUCUACCAUAUUCGAUAGAUAGAUAUUUAUUCUUUAAAAUCACCAUACAACUUUAUAUUGAUUUAGCGUGUAUAUAAACAGUAUAGUUUAUACAAUGAUAAACAAUAAAUAGAUUCCAUCCAGGUUGGCUCUGAGAAAUAUAUAAGGAGCAUGUUGUUUCCAGUGGGGUUCUUCUACUGUUUCCCACGCCAGCUGAAUUAACCUAAUCUAACCAAAGGAUCGUUAGGUUGGUAGCUGUGUUGCGCUUCACACUGGUUCACAAAUAUACUUCCAUUUUCUACCACCAGACAGACAUUUAACAUCAAAACAAACUUUUCAGUGAAGAUUUUGUCAAUAUAUAAGAGAUAUUAUACUGUGGCGAUAAACUAUAUUGAUGUUAUUAUGUGUUACUGAGCUUCAAUGAUUAUUACGGUCAUCAAGUGUGUAUUUGAGGUUAGGGAACACACUAGUCAUCAACAGAGAGGGAGAGAUAGAAAGACCUGUAACUGAUGGAGCUAAACUGUAAUGUACCUUUACUAGUCUAUCAUCUGUUUAAUAGAUGGCGCUGAAAUUCGUACAGGGUUUUUGUAUAAAGUUCGUGUACUUAUUUAAACUUUUAAUAACUUUGUAUGAACACAUGAUAUAAAUAAUUUGCAAUUGACAUAUGAAAGAAAAUGUUUAUAAAGUUUUAUUAGAAUCAAUACUUUUUAACCUGUCAUUUUUUUUAAUAUAUAUAUAUAUAUACUUACAUACAUACCGGUAGCUAUAUAGUUCAAAAGUGCACACGGGCUUUAUAAACACGAUUAUCUCUUUUAUAACUAUUGUUCAAGUACAUUGUUCUUACUCUUAGUAUUAAAAGUAAAUCGUUUAUAUGGAUAACAUUCAAUAGUAAGUGUUGCUUCACCUCUUAUACCCCACAAUAGGUAGACUCUAGUUCUUUGUAUACAGGGUGGCUCAUAAGUCACUCUCCCUCGAUACUUGUUCUCAGGCAAGCAACUUAUGCAUCACCCUAUAUAUUAACACACAGGUGGGCCCCGGAAGUUAGGAAACGUAGUGGUAAUAUUGUAAAAAGUUAAAGACUAAAUAAACUGUUUUCUAGAAUAAUUAAUUAAGGUUAUUAGUAUAUUUAUGUAAAGUAGUAAUUAUAUAAAGGAAUUAAUUAUUGUACUUGAGCCUCCCAUACUCUCUGCGACUCCUAACUUUUGGGUCGCCCUGUAUAGUGUGUGUAUACAAGUACCCUGUGUAUAUAUUGACUUAAUAAAAUCCUGAUAUAG